CUUUUCUUCUAUUCAGUCUCAUUGCUGUUUCAACCAUGGAGCUGAAAAGAAGAUCUCUUCUGCUGCUCGCCCUAUGUGCAGCAGUUCUCACCAGCACUGAAGAAGGUGCCAUUCCAAACUGCUGUGUGGGACAUUCGAAGAAAAUGCCCUGGCAAUUGUUGGUGAAAGUCUCCAGUUAUGAGAUACAGACGAAAUUAGGUGUCUGUGACAUUGAUGCAGUGAUAUUGCAUUUCCAAGGCAAAAAAAUCUGUGCUCAUCCCAAAGUGCAGAAGUUCUUGCAGAAAAUAAAAAAGAAACAAAACUCCAGACUGGCUUAAAAGCAAACAGGGAAAUUAAAUAAACACUUUGAUCUUCAUAACUCAUCCUGAAAUCCAGAUGGCAUUAAAUUAUUCAUCUAAAUGACUGUUUUUACUUGUUCAACUUCACUUUACAGAUAGUUCCAUCCAUUAUGUACAACAGUUUUUAUAAUUGUUUUUUUUCCCCCUUCUGCUUUUUUAUAAAAUAAAAUCAUUUUCAGUUUUG